AUGCCGGCAGGUAGUGCAGAUUGCCGCGGUGAACGGUACCAUGGACUUCGUGUGUACCCACUACGCGAUGUUCUCUCCCGUGUGCCGUUGCCCCCACAAUGCCCGCUCUCUGGAGUUUCCAAGAAGUGGCGUUGUGUUAUUGUUCCUAAAAUACAAGAGACCUCUAGCUCAGAUACAAAAGAGGAAGAAACUCUAAAGUUUCUCGAUAAUGGUAUACCGUGUCGUCUUGGUCGAUGGCGAAGUGGGAAUGUGUAUGAAGUAUGUGGUAAGGAUGGUUUGAAGUUUGUAACAGAUCCACGUUGGAAUUCCUUUCCGAAACCAAAGAUUGCAUUUAAAGCAGGAUGGGCUGGUCCAGGUACACAUAUGGAAUCUCCUGCUUAUCAUCAACUUAUUUCUUCAUUUAAUGAAGUCUUUGUGCAUAAGGAAGAGGCAUCAACGAUAAAGGAAGAAAAUGCGGAGUUAGCACAAGAGGCGACAACAUCUACACCUGAAGAGAAGAUAGAUGACGUGGCUGCACCCAAUAUAUUAAACCUACAGUUAUUUCAUCGUCAAGACCCUACCAUUUGUCCACCUAUUCCAACACUUGCUGAGCAUUUGAUAUGGCCAUCUUUUCUUGAAGAUGGUGCUAUCUGUGAUAACGCAACACGUGUUUCUCAGCGUGGGGCAAUUACAUGGUGGCAUCUUGAUGACUCGGGUGAGUUUGUGGAGCAGACAGGGUUACCAUUAUUACCUUCCGAUCGCGUAGUAAUGCCAUCUUCGUUAGAAGAAAUUGUAUCAAAACAUGAACGUGCAUAUUAUGAAAGUAUUGAUCGAGAGUUAUACUGCAUUAAUGAAACCCCUGAAAGUAUACCUGUAAAAUUAUUUUUGUAUGGACCAAAAGAGAGCUAUGAUUGGUUUAUGCAUGAUGAUGAAUCUUCUACAUCAGGUAAAGUGGUAUCACUUGAUAUUUUUAACACACCAGAUGAGGCACUUCCAAAUGAUGAAACACUUUUACCAAUUAUUCACGUAGCCGUAUUAGAGAGUGGAGGUCGUCCACUUAUUUCACCUCCUAAUAUUCCUCAUGUGGUGAUUACUGUAAAUGAUUGUGUUAUGGUGGAACAACGUCGGGUAGCGUACCUUUUCCUUGAUGAGAUCUCAUACUUUUUACAGAAAUGUGCUUAUUGGAGUGGUAAUCCAAUUGUGUAUGAUCACAUUGAAAAUGAUUUACAAGAUGAGUCCUAUGUUGCUGGACAACUAGUCCCCAUGAUGAUGGACUUGUUUGCGGAACAUAAUGCGUUUAAUAUAUACGAUGAAAUAAUUCGACGUCGCGUCGUUAUGGGACUCUUUAGUAUUGCAACACAUGAAAAACAUUAUAACCUUUCAGCAGAUUCUAGAAAAUCACUCUAUUCCCUUCUUCAUGGUGGAAAUGCUGAGAUGACCGCUAUUCUACAGCAACCAAUUCCCUAUGGAGUUCGUAUGGUUUCACUAGAGGAACGAUUAAAGAGUUACUGGAAUGUACAACAAUAUUGGCCGAAGCCUGGUUGUGUUAUGAAGGCCUCCAUAGUCACACCAUCAGAAUUGAUUUCAAGUACUAUUAAAGGAAAUGGUAAGGUGGUUGACUGGUUUUUACCCGUUGCGUAUGUCUCAUCAUCCCCAGUGUUUGGAUCAGAGAAAAAUACAAUGGAAGAUGUCUCUGCGGAGUACUUCUCAAUGAUGAAGUUAGCGAAGAAGCGGAAUGAUUUGCUAACCUUUCUUCGCACACAGAAGAGUGAGAAGGAUGCUGUUCUAGAUGAGUUAUUUUGA